AUGCGUGAUUCAAAUUGGAAUCGCACUAAGAAACAAAGAUCUCGUCCUGUUGGUUUAAAGGGGCGGGAAAUUGGAUUAUAUUAUAAAAAUCUCAACAGAGCAAAGAAAGAAAAUAAAGAAAGGGCUAUAACACUAACAAUUCCUAGGCCGGUGAUAUCUUCAGUGAAAAGUAAUUUGCAACAAAUCAUACACAUUGCAAAAGAUAAUAACAUUCAGCUACCUCAGAUAGUUACUACUACCUCAUUUGGUCUGAAAAUUAAAAAUGAAGUAUUCCAUGAAACAGAGGACCUUGAUGCAAGCUGUUCCAUGAGGAAUGAUUCCAAUUUCAAAUUACCAGGUGUAAGUAUUAAUUUCAAUGAUCAGCUGACAAAUGAUCUAAGCAGUGCUUUUCACAAAGAAUACAUGGAUAUGCUCACAAAGAAGCCCUAUAAAAAGCUUCUAAAGUUUCGUGAAAUAUUGCCUGCUUAUAAAAAAGCGGAAGAUGUGCUAAAUCUUAUAAACAACAACCAAGUUAUUGUUGUUAGUGGUGAAACUGGAUGUGGAAAAUCAACUCAGAUACCUCAACUUAUAUUAGACGAUGCCAUAAAAAAUAAUAAAGGUGCCAACGUUAAGAUUAUGGUAACGCAACCAAGACGCAUUGCAGCAUCUUCUCUCGCUGCAAGGGUUGCAGAAGAAAGAUGUGAAAAAAUGGGAAACUCUGUUGGUUAUUCUGUAAGAUUGGAGAAAGUGGAAGAGAGAAAUCGUGGAAGCAUUCAGUAUUGCACAACUGGCGUGCUUCUUGUUGAAUUGGAGGUCAAUCAGGGGUUAACAAAUUGGAGCCACGUUAUUUUAGAUGAAGUUCACGAGAGAGAUUGUCAUGUGGACAUGUCCAUGUGCAUGUUGAAACAGGUGUUGAAGAGGAGAAAAGACUUAAAGCUGAUUCUGAUGAGUGCUACUCUUGAUGCUGACAGUUUGUCACAUUAUUACAAUAACUGCCCGGUUAUGCACAUUGAGGGAUUAGCUUACCCCGUCCAGGACGUAUACCUUGAGGAUAUACUGCAAAUAACGAAAUUCAAACUAUUGGACGACUCAUACACACAGAAAAAGCGACCGAAAUGGCACCAGUAUGCCCACAAGAAUUUCGGGGCCAGUGCAAUGGAAAAGGACAUAAAAUACAAAGCUGAAAUUGGUAAGUUACAUAAAACA